UAAAACAAAACGUAAUGUUAAUAAUGAUGGAUAUUAAUAUAUAACAUAGGAUAAAAAUGGUAUAAAAGAAUAAUUUAUUUUAAUGAGAUAAUUAAUUUUGUUCUUUUUUUUUAUUAAGAAAUGACUGAAUGGUUUGUAAUCAAUGCACCAAUUUCAAUUGAAUUGAAUAUAAAUAUGAUGUAAGUAGGUUAUCGAUUAUUGUUUGUAAAAAUUUCUUUUUAAUAAGAGUUUUAUUUCCAUGAUGUUGCUCAUCCUCAUUGUAUUUUCUGUGAUCGAGAACGACUUAACCAUGAAGUUUUAGCUGUUAUUUAUGGUAUGGAACAAAAACAUCAGAUUACCUUUUGUUUUUUAUUUCAAAAUAUGUUGUUAUAUGUGAAUUAAGAUUGAAAAUUAAUUCUAUACUGAAUUAUAAAAAAUAGUUGGGCUCCACAUUGGAAUAAAAAGGUAUAAUUAAAGAAAAAAAUAUUAUUUAAAUAAAUCAUUUUUAUUUAUAGGAUUAUUAUCGUUUAUAUCGUAGUGAUGGAACAUGUCAAGUCGAUUUAAUGUGUUCAUCAGUUAUUGUUAAUUAA